AUGGCCACCGGCAGUGGAGAUGCGGUUUUUGACGACCACAGAGCGCUGGAGCUGUCGUCGGCCGCUUGGGAUAGCUUCCGGCAAGUGGGCGACUUGAACAAGGCAGCUGACGCGUUGCGCAGCCUGGUGUCGGCCAAGUGUGCGCUCCUGGAUCACGAUGUGGUGGAACUCGCCCGGGCUGGCGUGGACGUGUGCCACAACUCCAGAGGCCGUCAGCAGGGAACGGAACUGGCAGAGGCAAAGAUGCUGCUGGCAUUUGCAGAGGCUGCUUGUAGGUCUGAGCCCUCGAGCAUCUUGUGCAGCGAAGCGAUAGCAGCCACGGAGAAGGCUCACGAGACUUUUCUGGCCACCGGUGAUGCUGUACACCGAGCCGAGUCCUGCGUGUGGCUUGCCAAGCUUCAUGUCUGCCAAUGUCGGGAAGAGAACUCCGACUCCGAACACUUGAGGCUAUCGAAGAAAGCUUCUGCGCUGGCCUUUCAGAUUGCGGACUUGUCUGGCGACACGCGGGGCAAGGCGAAAGCGUGGUUGGCCAUGGCAGCGGCUGCCUUCGUUGAGGAUGGAGAGUGGCAGCCAACAGCCGAGAAGGCGCUUGAGGCUUCUCAGGACGGAAGCGAUCCGGAGCUGGAAGUCGAGGUGCGGCUGGCGGUGGCUUCGUGGCAUUUGCAGAAGGGAGCACCAGCCUCCUGUUUGGAGCACGCACAAGAGCUGCUCGACAUUUUACAGGAGCAGGGUGCUGGCAGUCAUCGUCAGCUUGAGGCAACACGGCUGGCUUGCGCUGCACAUGUCGAGUUGGAGAACCCGGGCCAUGCCCAGCGCCUGGCACGAGAACUUCUGCGAUCGGCACAGGUCGAUUCCACUUUGACGGUUCAGGCUUAUGCCUCCAGGCUCGUUGCUUCAGUUCAGCUCGCGGCCGGCGAUCUUGAUUCCGAGUCGGGUGCCAUCGCUGCAGCAGAGCGGGCGGCGAACUUGUCUCGCAGCUGCAGUGACCUGCAAGCAGAGGCAAGGGCAGUGUUGCUUGUGUUGCAAGCAGCGCGACGGAAGCUGGCAAAGGCCCCACUUUCGGGCCAAGAGGGUGCCAAAAAGACAUGCCUCCUUGCUAUGCAGACAGCCUUCGGGCUGGCUGAUGCACGUGAUGGCUUGCAGUUGGCGGUAGAGCUGUUGGGCAGCACAGUGGAGACCCUGAGUCUAUUGGGAAAGGCUUCUGAGGCACUGCCUCUUGCCACCAGGCUGCAGGCAGUGUGCGAGGAAGACCUUUCGUUGCUGGCCUCGAUUCUGUCCGCCAGGGGCAAGGUCAUGUUGGAGAGCCGCCGCUUCGGGGAGUGUGUUUCUGCCGCACAGGAGUCUGCUCGCCUCUACGAGGAGAGCGGGAAGCAGCUCGAAGCAGCCUCUGCACUCUCCGUUGUCGCCCAAGCACAGAUGAAGCAGGGAAAGCUUAGCGCAAGCCGGCAGAAUGCACGCCGAGCUCGGCGACGAUUCGGCGAAGCCGGAGAUCACGAACAGGAGAUUCAACUGAGGCUAGUCGUGGUGCGCGCGUGCCUGGCAAAAGACGAGAGAGGCAAUCGUCAGCAACGGGAUGCCUUCCGAGAGGCCCAAGAGGCCAUGAAAAUGGCAGCGGAGCUGGGAAAGGCUGAUCUGAUGGCCAUGACGCUUGCGGCCUAUGCUAGGGCUUGCUACGAGAUGGACCAACAUGAUAGCUGCUGUCAAACAGUGGAGGAGCUGUUGCAGAUGCAAGCCUGCAGGUCCGAUUGUCGCUUGAGUGCUUUGUACUACGGUGCUCUUGCCAGUGAGAAGCUUGGGCAGUACCUCAACGCCAAGAGAUAUGCGGAGCAGGUGCUGGAGACCGAGGCGGCCGUGGGCGCGGGCAACACCUUGGCCGAGCAGGCGAUGUGCAUCUCCGAGACCGAAGCGGCGGAAAUCAUCGGCGAGUGUCGGGUGCUCUGUGACUCAUUGCAGAAGAAGCUGCUGCUCACGCGAGCCACGGCCCCACUGCUGGUGCAGGAGAAGUGGCAGCAAGACGAGAACAGGCGAGCACCGAACUCGGAUCGAGGUGACUCCACGGCGGUGGAUCUGAAAUGCCAUAAGUGCGGGUGCCACUUGCCAUGGGACUGCAACUUCUGCCCAGACUGUGGAGCCAAGCAAAUCAAGCAGGACAGGCAGGCCGCGGCCAAGCCAUCUGCGAGGUCGCAGGGCCCCACAGAGGCGCAGUCUGGACGGCCAGUGAAGCCAGCAGUCCAGGGUGGAUUUCUCAACCGCGCAAUGCAGAGAGAAGAGGAUGCGCCUCUGCAGCGCAGAAUCCAGGAGAUUGCUGGCAAGCUGCUGGGGUUGGAUUGGCAGAGCAUCGAAGGGGACGUGCCCCUGAGUGACGUUGGCCUCUCCAGCGGUGCCGCAGUGAUGCUCCGUGAUGAGUUGCAAGCAGAUGUCCGGGGUAUCAAGCUGCCUGCGACUCUGUUUUUCGACAAUCCCACUAUCCGUGAAGUUUUAACUUAUCUCAAUCGUUAG